AUGUCUCUGCUGCCCAUUCUCGUCGCUCUCGCCCCUUGCGCGCACGCCUUCGCCUCGCGGGCUCUGACGGCUGCAGUCGACGGCGUGUGCCGCAACGGGGACUGCGGCUGCGGCCCACCCUGGGCUGCGCCGUGGUGCAAUGAUCAAAACAGCGUGAUCCAGGGCUGGUGCAGCGAGUCGGAGGCACACUGCGACCUGUGCGCCAACACGGACUGGUGCUCGGAUGCCUCGUCGCCACCUCCACCCCCGUCCGCGCCGCCUCCCCCGUACGCACCAUCCAUGUGCACUUGCGGCGCCGGCACGUCGAAGAAUGACAGCGGCGAAUGCGUCGCAAACUGCGGAGCCGGCACGGUCGAGAUCCCUGCCUCCGAGUUCACUCUUCACGUUGGCACGGCUGCUGACGGACGCCAGCUACUGUUUGCCACCCUGAGAGCCCUCGCGGCUAUCGACAUGGAUGCGGUCGAGAAGGCAGUGAUCGACUCGCUGAAGGAGGCGGGCGUCAUCGUCACGGCCGCGCAGAUUACCCUUCUGGACCUCGGCAACGGCAUGAUCAAGGUCACGAUCUUGCAGGACGGGGCAGGGCCGACGGCAGAGAUGGUGACGGAAGCCGCGGAGGAGCCGAUCUUCCUCGAGACCAUGGAAAAGGACCUAGGCACGCCGGUCGACUUUGCGGCCGCGAUCGACCUGUGGUGCAGCGACGAGGCGGCGGCGCUGGUCACCUACGGCCCGAUCUCGAGCUGGAACGUGCGGGCCAUCUCCGACAUGUCGAAUCUGUUCGCCAACAAGGCAACGUGCAACCCUGACAUCGGCGCCUGGGACAUGAGCAGCGUCACGGACACCAGCUCGAUGUUUGCCGGUGCGAGAGCCUUCAACCAGGACAUCAACAGCUGGGACAUGAGCAGCGUGACGAGAACCGACUUCAUGUUCAGUGGCGCGACCUCCUUCAACCAGCUGAUCGAUAGCUGGGACAUGAGCAGCAACAUGAACACCGCAUACAUGUUCUCGAACGCGGAAGCCUUCGACCAGCCAAUCAACAGCUGGGACAUGAGCAGCGUCAUGCGCACUGACAACAUGUUCUCAGGCGCCUUGUCCUUCAACAAGCCGCUCAACAGCUGGACCAUGAGCAGCGUGACAAACACCGAAUACAUGUUCUCGGGCGCGGCCGCCUUCGACCAGCCGAUCGACAGCUGGGACAUGAGCAGCAACACGGACGCCGCUUAUAUGUUCCAACUCGCGGCCUCCUUUGACCAGCCGCUCGACAGCUGGGACAUGAGGAACGUCAGGUUCACCACAAGGAUGUUGUUCAGCGCGGCCUCCUUCGACCAAGACAUCAGCGAUUGGGACCUCACGUCCAAUACUCGAUGCACUGAAAUGUUUCUGGACGCGGCAUCGAACAGCUGCACAAUCUCGUCCUCCUGCAAAGCCAUCUCGUGCUAG